AUGGAAAAUGGAGAGAAAGUGGAAAAAUGGAAAAAAAUGGAAAAUGAGAUGGAAAAAUCAAAAUUCCCCGUGGUCUUCACAAACUACGAUAGGUCAGAAGCGGAGGUCAGCCGAGACUCGAUCCUUGUGCUCGUCGACCGUCUAACCCCGACGGCGGGUGAACAACAUUUCACGCUGAUAAGCGGACAAAAAGCCGCGGGCUCUCUUAAUCCUCCUGGGCAUACCACAAGAAGCCGAUGGGAUACGGUAUUCUCGAGACGAACUGGUUUUCUUCGAGCCGAGACGGAUCUAUCAACCUCCAUCCAUUAUUUCUAUUACCGCAUUAAUAGAGAAUAA